UUGUCUACUGUUUACUUAAAAAUAAAAUUCUGGAACAUUACAGCUUUAUCAGUAACACACAAAUUUCUCAAAUCUGUAGUACCACUCUCUCUCCGUCUGUGCAAACAAAUCUCGCCUUUUUCUUAAACCAGAUAUCGAGUAUGUGUAUCGGAAACUGAUAACUCCGAGGUUUUCAGUUCAUUAAAAUGGUAUCUCUUACACUUAAUAACAUGUGCGAAAGGUGCAAAUCGAAGAAAUUCCCAAUCGAUGUGAAAUUUUAACCGUGUGUUAUUUUAUGGCUUCCUUGUGCUCUUCUCGCCUCAAUUUUUGUAAGUAUGGCCGACCCUACCAUACAGACUUUCUGUUGCCAUCAUGCCAAUGGCACCGACAUGGCUGUGACCAUCAUGGAAGAGUUCAACACCGACGCCUAUAACGCUGUGUGUCUUUUCUCUUCGUGUCUAGGGAUCCUGGGCGCUGUAUAUCAGAUUUUGCCAAGACAGGAGUUUGCGAACAAGCACCGAUGGUUGUCGUUUUCAGCGGCGAGAGGACGGAAAAUUAUAGUUUGGCUAGCGGUGGCUGAUCUUUUAGCUUCAUUAGGAGUGUUUACAAGGUCGACAAUAUGGAUAAACUAUAAAAAUAUUAUGCCCGCGGUUGAGGACGAUUCCAGUGUUGUGUUCUGUGCCAUUUCUUCAGCUUUGAUUCAAUAUUUUUACACCGCAACCUGGAUAUGGACUCUGAUUUACGCCAUCGAUAUGCGCCUUAUUCUGAGCGAAAAGGCGUCAAAGACUUUGUAUUACCACCUGGUGGCUUGGAUUCUGCCGGCGGUUUUAACCACAGUUGGGUUAUCUCUUUUGUACCUCCCUGAUGCCAAUUGCCACACUGCCUCAUCCCUCAACUCUGCCGUUCUUCGAAUUUUGCCAAAUUACAUCGCCACUUACGUCCCCAUUGCGACUGUAAUGAUCGCCAACCCGUGUCUGUACCGCCACUCGACCAAAGACAUGGAGCAGAUCAUAACAAGUGCCUCGGGUCAGUUCACAAGCAGAGAGCGUGAAAUCUUGGACGCCAUAAAAGUCAAAUUUUCUGUGAUAAAUUUUGUGUUCUAUUUAUGUUGGGUUCCGAAUCUACUUAAUGGUAUUCUCCUGUGGACGCUUUGGUUCCAUUUGCCAGCUGAAUGGAUCAUAGCCAUAUGGUACAUUAUGGCCCUUAUGAACCCCUUGCAAGCUCUCUUCAACUGCAUGGUCUACAGGAGGUGGAGGAACGGUUCUGAGAAGAUUAUUUUACCCUGGAGGAAGGUCGAGGGGUCUUUUCCGACCGCUCGGAGCCCCCAGAGCCGCGAGUCUCUCACCAGCAGCGUCCGGGAAGAGAUUCUGCCCUUGCUGCAAACGGCUCAAAGUGUGAACGGUUACAGAAACUACUGGUAAAAUAAAUUUUAAACUUUUAUUAGUAACACAGGUAAUAUUCGACGUAAAACAAUAAAUAAAACUUAUUUUUGUAACAAAUACAUAACGUAAACUUUGUAUAA